AUUCCGACAGCGUGUUUAUAAAAAUGAAAUGUAAAAAGAAAUGCUGGAACGGCUCAAAUUGUUAAAGUUACAAUUUUUAAUACAAUAAGCUUCUGCAAAAGGCGUACAGUUUUUUUACGAAAUUGUAGUUAUGUUAACUAUUAACGCUUAGUGACUUUUUUAUAAGUCUUGGAUUUCUAUACCCUCAAAACAAGACGUUUGAAGAUAAAAUGGACGAAAUAAAGGACGAAACCGAGCUCAAAAAAGAGUUAGAGGAGAAAACUGUGGAAGAUGAAAUAAAAGAGGAGCACGAAGAGGAAGAAGACGAGGAGGCUCUUCCACACUCAGAAAUUCUGGACAUCUUUGAAGAAGGGCUGGCUCUCAUAGUGCAGGACCCGCUUCUGUGUGACCUGCCCAUUCAGGUCACACUGGAGGAGGUAAACUCUCAGGUGGCUCUGGAAUAUGGCCAGGCUAUGACUGUUCGGGUUUGUAAGGCGGAUGGAGAAGUCAUGCCUAUUGUGGUUGUGCAGUCUGCAACUGUUCUGGAUCUCAAGAAAGCCAUUCGCAGAUAUAUGGAGCUGAAGCAACAGCGAGAAGGAGGUGUCAAGCACGUCAGCUGGAAAUAUGUGUGGAGGACAUUUCAUCUAGUUUUCAAUGGGGAAAAAUUAGAGGAUGACAGAAGAAAACUGAAGGACUACGGGGUCAGGAACAGAGAUGAAGUGACAUUUUCAAAGAAACUGAGGAAGAAAUGAACAGCUGCCACGUUUUUGGGCUAAAGUUGUAAAUAGCAGAGAAAUGUCAACGACAAUUUCCAAAACAGAGAAAAUGUUGCAUAGUUUUUUUGUUUGUUUUGGCCCAAAAUGUUUUAUAAAAGGUCAGUUCACCCCAAACAGACACUUUAGUCAUCGUGUCAUUCUAAAACCAUUAGUUCUUUUAAUCAUCUUUGGAGGACAAACCAAGUUUUUAAUGAAAUCUGAUAAAUUUCUGUCCCUUAAAUGAAA